AUGGCCCUACGGUUCGCCGGCAAGCACGCCGCCGUCGUCGGCGCGACCGGCGUCAUCGGCUCCCGCAUCGCGCAAGCCCUGGCCCAGCAAGGCGCCGCCGUGACGCUCCUCUCGCGAAGCGUCACCGCCCAGCGCGCGCGCCUGUCCGCCCAGCUGGACCCCGCCGGCGGGCCGCACCGGUUCCUCACGGUGGACGUGUCCGAUCCGGCGAGCAUCAGGGACGUGUUUGCCGGCCGCGGCGCGGAUCAGCAGCAGCAGGUGGUCGGGUUGGUGGAUGUGCUGGUGAAUUGCGCGGGCAUCUCGCAGACGACGUUUUUGAAGCGCACGCCGGAUGAGGAGCUGGCGCGCAUCGUGGAUACGAAUUUGUUGGCAACCAUGUUGGUCUGCAAGCAUGUGAGGAUGCAGCCCCAUGGCUGCAUCAUCAAUGUAUCCAGCCUCAUGGCUACGCACGGCGGCUUUGGCGCCACCGCGUACGCCGCUUCCAAAGCUGGCCUUAUCGGCUUUACGAGAGCGCUCUGUCUCGAACUGGCUCCGAGAUCUAUCCGUGUAAAUGCCUUGCUGCCAGGCUGGGUCGACAGUGACAUGUGGCAACGUCUCAAACCGGAACUCCAGCAAGCAUUUCUAAAAGACACUCCUCUCGGCAGGGUCGCGGAUCCAGCCGAGGUGGCUGACGCGGCCGUAUUUCUCGCCUCCAAUCAGUUUGCCAACAACUGCAUCCUGAAUCUCGACGGCGGUCUGGGCGCUGCGUAA